CAAGUGAAUUGUAACUCAUUAAAUAAGAAACUGCCAAUUGCCACUUCUCAUUGUGAAAACUGUCAACAAUCUGAAGAUGGUCACCUGUGAGAGUGAAAUGAGGCCAGAGAUGGUGAAACUUGAAAUAAUUAAUCAUUGAUGAGUCCAGGUGAAAGAAGUGGUCAACGUGUCUACUUCCUCACCUUCAACCCGUAACCACCACCAAGACUCGAAAGAAAGCAAAUUGGCAAUAGUAGGUUGAGCCGUAAUUACGUUUCGUAUGGUUUGUCUGAUGUUGUGGCCUGUGGGUUAUGCAGACUAAAAAGCUUUUGCUAAGGACAUUACAGCCUGCUGGAAAACCCCGUAUUUUAUAUUGAAGAACUAUGCCAUCUCCGGUCAGACCUGCGCGCUUAGAUUUUGGAAUAAGUGGCUAUGCCAACAACGACAUAUGGACUGAUGGCUUACCUAUCUGUCCGCUCUCAGGAGUGGGCAUGUCAGCAAAUCAGAUGUAUCGUGAAGAUGGUACCCCUUGUUCAGCGCAUGAGUAUGAGGAUCGCAGUAUCCACUUCUGCUUAGAUAGAGAGAACCAGACUUAUCUGUAUGCUGUCUUUGAUGGGCAUGAUGGUGCUAAAGCUGCAUAUUUUGCAUCACAGCGGCUUCCAGCUGAAUUGAGCUUUGAACAAAUUACUCCUAAAAGCAGCAGAGAAAAAGUAAGAGAAGUUUUUGCCACAGCUUUUCAUGCUGUUGAGGAAGCAUUUUUAGAGUCCAUUGACCACUGCAUUGCUGAACGCACACAACUCUUGGACAAAAUUCCUGAAGACAUGCCCCAAGUUGAAGCAGCCAGGAAGUUCCCUGAAACCCUGGACCGACUUCAAGAACUGGAGAAGCAAAUUCGGUGUGGGACCACAGCUGUUGUUGCUCUUAUACACGCAGGGGUGUUGUACGUGGGAAACCUGGGCGACUCAAGGGCAUUGCUCUGCAAAAAAGACAAGUGCGGCGUUCUUAAGGUGAAGCAGCUGAGCCGCGACCACACGACCAGCAGCCACGAGGAGCUACAGAGACUUGCUGCUCUCGGCCUGCACAAACAUAAGAUAGAAGGCGUUCGACUAGGCAACCAUGAGAUCACGCGGUGCAUCGGCAACUAUUUCCUAAAGGGCGGCUACAAGGAAUUCGAUAUACUCAGUCCUGCGUCCGCUGAACCUGUCAUUUCGGUGCCUCACAUCGACGUUGUUCCGAUCGACGACUCGUGCAGCUUCUUAUUGUUGAUGAGCGAUGGCCUGUACAAGAGCUAUCAAGAAGCGACAGGCUCCCAACAAGUCAACAAGGAGAUCGCGCAGAUGGUUGUUGAGCAGUUCGUGGAGCAGGCGACGAUCACAAGUGUGGCUCAGACGGUAGUGGAUAAAGUGGUGCGGCUGCAUCACGACAGGUACCUCACGCAGCAGAACAACUUCUCAGGACGUGACGACAUCACACUUGUCAUCAGGAACUUCUCCUUCAGACUGCGCGGGCCGUGCAGCGGUAGCCGCAGCCCUGCAGGAGCGCUAGCGCCUGGUCCCUCGUGUGCCCUCGAGCCGCCCCUUGCUGAAAGCCGAGACGCCGGGUCUUCAGAAGAGGAAGGCGGCGGGGAGACGGUGAGUGACGUAUGCACGUCGCAGCAAACGUCUCUGCACUCGUCAUCGAACGCUUCUAUUUUCCACACGUCCUCCACCGAGAGCUCCGACGUGCAAAGACCAAGCCUGAACCCCCUGCAGCUUGACGAGGACGGCCGCAUCGUCAGCUACGUCAGCUUCACGCCGUAUUAUCAGGCCCUUAGAGAGGCUAAUAAGAAGGGGAUAAUUUCUGAUACGCAGCUACAACUUUAUUUAUAACCACGCACAAUGAUCGCGAAAUUUAAGGUGCACAAAUAAAUAAUUUCAUCAAUAUUACUUCUUGUUGUUGAAGUAAUUUUUGUCUAUGCGUGCUGCGUAUUUAUUUGAAGUGUUCUCAGUUCACUUAAACUUUAUUUAUUACGUGAUCAUCAUGACUCAUCAAAAUACGGUAAACGCCUUAAAAUAAAUGAAACGCGUGAUUUUCAGCCCUAGUAUUCAUGUAGCGGUGCAUUAUUUAUUUGUUUAAAGAAAUUUUCAUCAUAUAUUCUGGAUCCGUGAUUGUUUCAAUGGAGAAGAGAUAAUUUUGUCUUACCGUCGGUUGGAAAUACCUAUUGAAAAAAUAGUUUCUAUAUUAAUUCUAUUGGCCAUACAAUGAAGCUUGUUGCUGUGAUUAACUUAAGCUUGCGUAACUUAACGUAACUUGUCGAAUGAUUAACAUAAGAGAUUUUUUAACCUUACUUGUAAAAAAACGAAACAACUGAAAUACGAUGUGUGAAUAGUCCGCCGCAGAACUUGAAGGCUCCAGAGAAAUAUUUUCAUAUUUCUUCUGUAUUCGCGCUGUUAGAUUUUAUGUUCGCAUGUCGGAAUUGGUCGAUGCGCGGGCUUCGGCAACAGUUAUUAGAUUUAUAAUAGAAUGAGAUCCGCUAUCAACUAAUCAGCUGCGGAAAAUUAUUUAUAUUCGAGAAGAAUUGUUUGAUAGUAAAUUCUUAUUUAGUAAGAUGAAUGUUAUAAAAAAUUGCUGUGGAUGAUGAAAUCCGCCAUUAUAUGUAUUUGUUAG